AUGAACUCUAUGAGUUCUUGUUUGAGCUUGAGUUUGAGUUUUCUCUGUACCCUUUCUUCAAUUCUCAUUAAUUUGGGCCCCUGCCUCGCUACCGCCAUUUCAAAACCCACUUUCGUUGAUAUUUACUGCACAGCCAGACGACUUUCUUAUCCUAACGCAACCAACAUCCCAGUUGGAGCAAACGUUAACCUUCUUCUCUCUUAUCUAUCUUCGAACGCUUCUUUAUCCACCAACAAUGGAUUCUACGACGUCACGGUUGGCCAAAAUAGAGAUAAAGUCUAUGGUUUAUUCCUCUGCAGAGGCGAUGUUGAACACAACAUUUGCCAAAAUUGCGUUGAAACUGCGGUUGGAGAGAUCAAGCAACUCUGCGCAAUUAACCAACAAGCCUUUAUAUGGUAUGAAGAAUGUAUGCUGAAGUAUAUGUAUUAUCAGUAUCAUGGGUAUAAUUGGGCGUUUCCCAGAGCUUUUGAAUGGGAGAGGAGAUAUGUUUUCAACCUAAAUUCAAAUGGGUUUCUUCAGACAUUGUCUAAUUUGAUGGACAGCCUCGUAACAUUGGCUACCAACUCUGCUUCUUCUUCUAGAAUCAAAUAUUUCGCAACCGGAGAAGCAAAUUUUACAAGGAUUCACAAGAUAUAUGGGCUGUUGCAGUGUACUCGUGACAUCACUCCAAGUGAUUGUUACACAUGCCUGAGAAAUGCUAUUUAUCAGAUGCCCAUUGUGUUCAAUGGGAGUUCAGGUUUGGGUGUUUAUAUUUCCAACUGUUUUGCAAGGUAUAGUGAUCAUCCUUUCUACAAACUGAAUUCCGCUGCAUCAGCUCCUCCCUCAAUCAGUGAGUAUUGUAACUUGACCACAACUUUUCUUCUUCAAUGCUGCAAUAACUUUAUAGCUAGGCUGAAAAAUUAA